GCUGGUAUUAUAACUGCCCGUGCGGUAUCGAAAGACGGGGCGAAUAAAGUAACGCCGGGCGAUGCCUCCGUGCGCAGCAUGAUUGGAUGACUUGAAGCGGAAUGGGCAGGUCGUUGCGCUUGCCAGGGUGGCGGAGACGUUCUCCGGUGUAUAGAUAGGGUGAUACAGCUGCGUGGGGUCAGGAAGAAUAGAGUUGGAAUCUGAGGCGCUGGUGCAUGCUGUGACUGUCGGCAGCCGUGCAUUCCGACGCGAGAGGUUGGAGGCGUAUGCAAUGCAAAGGUGAUCAUGUGGGCGCUGUGGGGCAUGGGCUUUACGAACGUUCACUCGCCCUGUUACACAGGCACGUGGGGGUUGCGACCACAACAUGGUCGAUCACUCCGCCCUGCGAAGCGGCUAUUGUCGUUUGGUCACAUCCAGCCAGUCUUGCAUGCUCAUCCUCACGGCAAUCCUUCGCGAGCGAGACUGAAUCAUCGUCUGCUUCUGGUGAUUGAUAGUCAUCGUUUGACAGUUGAGACAAGGUUAAGUCAAGAUCCCGUCGCCCAUCACGCGCGAAUUACUCGCUACCAACAGCGCUGGACGAAUGCCAGCCUCCCUCGCUUCUGGAAGCCGUUAAGGGCACCAUGUCCAUGUCGUCGCGUAAUUCACAGCUGGGGUCCUCUCGCAAUCUGCCUCACUUCCCCUCACAUCGCCCGUCCGUGCCAUGCAUACUCCAUCCGGGCAGUACAAGCGCCGAUGCACGUCCCGUGCAGAGCCUGUGCAAUUCAACUCAAUUCAAUUCGCGCAAAAGGCCCUAGGCACCAGCAGUUUUUGGAGUGUCUGACCGAGGGGCGAGCACAGACGCAGAGCCAAAUCUUAUACGAAUCCUGUUGUAAGCCCCACAUGGGCGGAUGCGACAUCUCCAGCCGUUCCCUCGUUCCCUCACCGAUCAGAAAACUGCCGGCUCGGACGCAGGCCGCUCCCGUGUGACGGCGGGCCGAUGCUGCUGGGAGGUGGCCGGGAGGCGGC